AUGUGGCGUAAGGGGUGGAUCGAUGAUGAUGGGGUUGAGGUGGACUUGUGUAACGCGUGCGGUUUGAUUUUCAAGCGAGGGUGGUGGUGCGCGUGGUGUGCGUUGCCGUAUCGCAAAGUGGGUGAAAACGAUGAGGCGUUGCGUUCGCGGUGGGUUCCUUGCGAGUAUUGUCAUCGGUUUACACAUUACGACUGCGAGAAACGCGAAGCGCCGGAGGCUUUGGAGGCUGAGCGAUACGCGUGUCCGACGUGCAGAAAUUUGAAAAAACUUCCGAAGCCUGCGAAAGAGAUUGACCCCCCGAAGAGCUCGGAGGCGCAAAUGAUCGAUGGACUUUUGGUGGUGAUUCGUCCGUACGAUCGAGCGCCGAAGAAAUUCGACGAGGUCGGGGAAGUAAAGAUCGUCAAGAAGACCGCGCAUCGCCCGAGCGUGUCCACGAAACGUCCACGAAGUGCAGAUGGGAAAUCAAGCCGCACCGCACGAGUGCUCAAGUCGUCGUCUUCGGAGAAAGAGAAGAAGAAGCUUCCGUUAUCGUCGAAUGCGCCGCGGCGCGCAGUGUCAAAAUCGAUUCGCGGAGGCAAGCCGACGGGGCUCGCAUCACUGGCCAAGGUGGCGACUCGAGUGUUACCAGAGCGUAUGGUUCGAUCUGAAGCUUACAAACGCGCGCAAGCAGCAGAGGAAGCGAAAGAGGAGGAGCUCGCAUUGAGUACUCGUCGAAGCGGACGCGCGCCAAAGGAGUUGGCGAAGGCCGCCGGGCAAGAUUUCUUGCACGAACCUCGACAUCAAUCUCGUCCAAGUCAACCAGUUUUUCGAAGCGGUGUCCGUCAGCAGUCAACUGUCAAUGAAUCGUUGUACGCCGAACCUUUUUACGGUCAACACGGUGGUCUUGGUUUCGCCGCAUCCAUGGAAGCGCGAUUGGUACACAACGAAUUGUCACCGCAAGGCGUCCUGUAUCCCGAAGAAACGGGUGGUAUGGUUGGUCCGCUACGUACGUUGGGUAUGGGUACUAAGACUCCGGAUCAAACCUUCGUUCGACGACCCCCGCUCGCUCCAAAGCAGCAACGCGGGUCUCCAAAAGUUCCAGACCAAUUGACGUCUUCGACGGUGAAGAAGUCAAUUCGUCGGGAAAGCGGAGGGCGCGCGGAAGAACACGAGCUCAUGACGGUUGCAUCACAAUUGAUCGAGGCACAGUGUGAAGCAUACGAUCAAUACACGGUCACAAUCAAUGUUUGUAGACUGCUGAACAAGCUCGACGUGAUGCGCGGAUACACGACGCGCGAUAUGAUCGUCAAGUUCAAUUUGCAUCGCAUCGUUGGAGAUCUCUUGAUGAAUGAUGACAUUCGCAUCCGUCUUGCGGCUGACAAGUUGCUGAAAAUUCCAUCAUGGCGCGAGGCUAUCUGCGGAAACGCGACGCCUCAGCGUUCGAUGCAAUUGCCCGUGAUGCCGACGCACCAGCCUUUCGCAUCGUUACAAGCCGCUCCUUCGAUGGAGGCGGCUGCACCGCCGACGCAUAUCGUGAGCAAGCCCGUACCACGACGUCCUCGAGCGCCACGCGAAGCGAAAGCAAUGGCCUUAAUGGCGUCGCAGUCUUCACCCACCGAGACGAUCACUCCACCUCAGACUCAGUAUCCGUACUUUGAGACGGCGAGCCAGGAUGUCGCUGACAUCGACAACGCGCUCUUGCUCUCUGGUGGUCAAGAUGCGAGUCAACGAAUGAUUUAG